CCCCCAUUAUUAUUAGUUUCUCUCCUUCCCGUUAAGCCUCUCGGCCCUCUCCCCCUCCCUCCCUCUCUCUGCUAAUUUUCUCCUCAGUCACGAGAAUCGCUCCUCGAGACGCGAACUCGAUUGGGAAGGAGUCUACUGCUAGAUCUCCAGCAUCGCCAUUGACGUGUGUGCUCUGCAUAGAUAAGCCUGAGAUUUGUUCGAUGAGUUGGUGGAAAUUUGUCCUCGGAUCGCAAUUCCGCACUUGGGCAUGAUGAGAUACCAGAAAGUGAGCCCCGACGUCCUCCUCCUCAGCAAUGGAAAGAAGCUAUCACUGCGAACCUGCAAAGAAGAGGAUGCGAUUCCGGACUACGUUGCCUCCGAAGGCAAAUCACUUCCACGAUCGCGAUCGGCGUCGGGGUCGGCGGAUCCCUCCCCAACAUCAGACUGCCACCACUCCUUCCCUUCGGAACCCUUACUAGCGCAAUGCGACCAACGGCCAUCCUCCACGAAGGCUCAGAACAAUCACCAUCGCUUUGGGGUAAAUGGGUUCGGCGCCGACGUAGGCGGCACUGGUCUUCUCCAGUGGGGUCAAAAUAAGAGGUCCCGUGGCUCGAGGGCCGACGACCGGUCGGCUGGGGACGAAUCUUCCGCCAACUCAAGGCACAAAAUCCAGCGGAGAUCGGUGUUGUCGGCUGCGAUGCCCCCUCCGCCUUCUGACUUGUACACCAGAGACGCCAAUCACCGUUCACUAAAAAAUAAGAACAUUAAAGAUGGAUCCAGCGACCUGACUCUAUCUGGGAAGAGAUCUCCGAGAGUCCUGCCUGAGAACGCUCAGAAGCCGACGGCCAUGGCUGCUCAGAAUGGCUGCGCAGCAGCAGCAGCAGGUGUUUAUGUGAACACUGAAUCAUCAAAACGUCCAAUUGAGAGAGAGAUGGGCAGUGCAGGAGAGAAGAUAAAUCUUGAUAACUUUGAGUGGCCGAGGAUUUACAUCUCCCUCUCCAGGAAGGAGAAGGAAGAUGACUUCCUUGCCAUGAAAGGGACAAAGCUACCCCACAGACCCAAGAAAAGGCCCAAGAACAUCGAAAAAGCUCUCCAGUAUUGCUUUCCAGGGAUGUGGCUUUCAGACUUGACUAGAGCUAGAUAUGAAGUGAGGGAGAAGAAGUCUGCGAAGAAGAAGAAACUUGGACUGAGGGCCAUGGAGAGCUUAAACAGUGACUCAGAGUAACGUAGUGUCUUGAAUUUUCUCCCCCUUCUGUUACAGUUUUUAUUUUUGGCAAAGAUGAAGAUCAUGCGAUCCUUCAUCUCCCUUGCUCUUGUACAGAUCUCAUCCUUCAAUGAGAGAGAUGAAAGUUUCAAUUAAGUUGACUUGAGAGUCUUUUGCCGUGAUUA